CGCAAAGGAAAGGCAGCGGAAGUCAAUGAAGUUUUUUCGGAAAUCAAUUUGGUGCUAAACGCACAAUACUUUCUGGUGAGUACACCACGAACACGACCGAUCGUGUCGAUCGCUGCAGUCGUACUGUUUGACUACAUUGACGACGAAUAUGUCAAUGCUCCCGAUGAUAUUGCGAUACCACGUAACGAGCUUCCGAUGUCAAGUCAUUUUUCGUUGCAAGAGUCGCCAUCGAUUUCGUUUCGUAUUUCUUUCCAUUGCCAUUGUUUUUCUACGGCUGUCUCCCAGGGACAUUGUUGCUGUACAAAAGAUGAAUAAGCCGCUCUUAAGCUUGAUGUUGAAAAUUUUGACUGAAUAAGCUGUUCAGCUGUCAUUGUUACUUGGGACUAUAUAUCGUCGGUUUCCUGCAAUAGGGGCACAACUCAAAAUUUGUCAUUUUUGAGAUUUUGAUGACAAAUGAUGAAAAACUAUGUAAACUUUCAUCUCACAAAGACCCGUUUCGAAAUUCGAUGAGAAUCGUGAGAAUUUGGCAGUUUCACCAAUUUUCCGAAACAAAGGCACAACUCAAAAUCAGUUAGCUUAUAGUCGUUGAAAAAUACUAAUAGUCGUUGAAAAAUAGCAAUCCAAAAUUCGUGAAACUGAUAGUACUUUAGUCCCUUUCCAUGAUACAAUAUUUAAAAUUCGUUUACUUUUGUCAAAUGAUGAGAGAAAUAAGUAAACUGAUUGGAGGUGCAUCAAGAUUCCCAACCUUCAAACGCUAAUUCUGAAAAUUCACAUUUUUUGAGUGCCCCUAUUGCAGAAAACCCACGAUAUCUAUUUAUAUAUACGCUAAGAUAAGCGUAUGCAUUUCAAUUUAUUUCCUCAUCUUCAUUUCUCUCCAAUGGAAAAAUGUUUUAACUAAAUAUAUUGGCCCUCCUUUUGUAUUACAGUAUUUUUUGGCCUAAACCAUACACUACGUCAGCGAGCUGUUUCCAAUAUGAUGCAAUAGAAAGGAUAAGCUGAUGCUGCAACAAUGACCAAGCUUUCACGAAAUAAUAGUUCACAAUUUGAUUCCUAUAUUAAAAUUUUUUACCCUUAACCUAUGUUCAGCUAGGAACAGCUGCGUCUAAAAUUCUUUUUCGUAUUCAUCAUUAUUGUCGUCUUCUGUAGGCAUUUUUUUUCCAAAUCCAACCUUUACAGGAGGCACCGUAUUUUAUAAAAUCGCUUAAUGUGUACCAAAAAAUGCAUAUUUUUGACUCACAUUUCAUUUUGCUACAGCUCUUUACGAAAUUUAUAACAAGGUAAUAGAAAUUCAAAGAUCUUUCUUGCAGUUCUGCCACCCUAUUUGUCGCACUGUUACUGUUCGGAGGCACUGGAUACGAUUUAGUGCUAAGAAAAAAAUAUGCAGAUAAGAUACGAAUGAAGAAAUAUUCAAAGGAUCUCAGUUCCGAAUCAUCUUCUGGCCUGGGAUGUACAACAUAUGACCUCACACAAGGUCUUCCGGACAAAGCGAAUAAAGUUAACUGUAGCGCAUUUGGUAUACCUACUGGGGUAAAUAAUAAUAACUCUGAUGAAAAUCUCGCAAUUGAACCAACCCCACCUGAAGAAGAGAAACUUGGUGUUUGUGCUGAACUACUGCUAUCGUUUUCUGUGGUAACCAACUUCCAGGCGAUUUGUGAUAAGAAUGUUGGAAAUGAUACGAUUCCGUCCAUCCAUGGAUUACGAGCCAUUUCAAUGCUCUGGGUCAUUUUAGGACACACAAUGAUUGUUGUUUUCAAGUACUCUGACAACAUGGAAUUACGAAAGGUAGUCGAACGAGAAGUACUAUUCCAAGCCAUUCUAAAUGGAGCAUAUAGCGUAGACACUUUCUUCUUCAUCAGCGGAUUUUUGGUAUCGUACAUUUAUUUCCGCACUAAUGCCAAAGGUAAACUAGAAAAACUCACUCAAGGCGUUAAUGAGUUCACGGCUGGUUCUUACCACUUUUUUGGAUUAGUAGGCUAUCGAUUCGUGAGGUUAACCGCACCAUACCUUUAUGUUUUGGGAGUGGUCGAAGUUGUUAUGCGAUAUUUAGAACAAAACUCUGUCUUCGAGCCUCCUACGCAAGACCACAUAAAUUGUCCAAAAUAUUGGUGGAGAAAUAUCUUGUAUGUCAAUACACUUUUUCCAGUAGAGCAAAUGUGCAUGCUCUGGAGUUGGUACCUAGCUGAUGAUACGCAGUUUUAUAUAAUUGGAGCCAUUAUUCUGAUAAUUGCCGUUCGACAUUUUAAAUUUGCAGCUGGGAUGCUGAUAGUCUUCAUGAUUUCUUCGUGGGCCACUACAGCAUAUAUAGCAUUCUCGAAUAAUCACAUGCCAAAUGCUGAUGAUCCGUUCGCCCUAUUUGAUAAGAUUUAUGAUAAACCAUGGACUCGAUUAGGUCCCUAUCUAGUAGGCAUGUGUGUUGGAUGGAUAUUAUUCAAAACCAACUGUAAAAUAAAAAUGUCAAAGCUCGCUGUGAUUUCAGGUUGGACUGCAUCGGUAGUAAUGAUGUUGUAUUUAUUAUUUGGAUUGUUCAAUACGACAUUAACUCAACUAGCCGCAGCAGCAUAUAGUUCGUUAAGUCAUACAGCAUGGGCAAUGGCUUGUGCCUGGGUCAUUAUUGCCUGUUCAACAGGACACGGUGGAUGGGUCAAUAAUCUUCUAUCUGCACCACUACUGUAUCCUUUCUCUAGGGUGACGUACUGUGCCUAUUUGGUGCAUCCAAUAGUGAAUAGGAUAUAUGCAAUGGAAUCAGACUCACCUAUACAUAUGUCGCCAAACAGCUUAACUACUCUGUAUUUAGGGCAAGUGGUGUCAUCGUAUAUAUUAGCAUUUCUGAUAUCAUUAUCCUUUGAAGCUCCUGUGGUUACAAUGCUCAGAAUAUUAUCACCGAACAGAAAAAGGCAGAUAUAACACUAACGUUCAUACUAUUUUCUAGGGUAUGCUUUUUCACCCCCCUCCUAUUCACCAAUCCUUGUUUGUAUUCAAAUAUUUAUGUGCAACAUUCCUUUGCUAGGCAAAUAGAGAUAAGGUGCAUAUAGUAAAGGUGAACAUAACUUGAGUAGGUAGUUUUCUAGCGCCUCUGUGUUCAGAAUUUUCUUGUUAUGCGUAUCCAAGCGAACAUAAGAGAGAUAUUGAAAAAUGCUCAAUGAUUGAAUAAGUAAAUGUAAGCACUAAAGACACUAUAUGCAAAGACACGAAAUGUUUGGAAUUCCAAUUCCAAAUUUGCUGUCAAUGUCAUUCCAAUCGAGCAGGAGACCUGUCAAAUGCGCUUUAAAAGCAUUGCUCGACGGCAUCAUCGUCAUGACGCGACAAUCAUCAUCAAAGCAACAAUCAUCAGAUUUCGUGUCUUUAGCAUACAGUGUCUUUAGUAAGCACAAACGACAUUUGACUGAUGCUAUUAAAUUAUAUGACCAAACAAAAAUCGAAUGAACAAACGA